CGUAAAUUGCCAUGGCAGCAUUCCUCGGUUAAAACCUAUCCACUUUUCGUAGAACGGGCUAAUCGGGAAGUUACGCCACACGUGAUCAAAUUACUCUCGAAGUUACCCAGAUAAGCUAGUAAUCGCGCUUCGCUUCGUAGAGGCCUACAGGUCCCAGUAACCUAUUUGACCUAUUUCACAUUUCAUAGCCUAGACCUAGUGGUUGCAGAAAUUUACGUCAUCAACAAACGCGAGCGUCUGCGCUACCGCAGCUCAGUGAGAGGAAGUUGUCAGUGUGCAGAAAUAAGGCCAAUAACCCACACUUGUACUUUUUCAAAAAUUCCGUAACAUCUGUUAGUUGUUUUUACGCAGAAGAAGGUGGAGGAUUUACAUUGGUUGGCGAUGGUGACACCACGAGAAGGUGAUGCAGAUCAUUGAGCACCCCGUGAAGAAACUGCGCGCUGCGCUCAUCUCUAGCCGGCUCGACCUUAUUGAGCGGUACCAGCAGUACAGUGACGGAGAAAAGAAGGUUUUGGAGGACUGCCUUCGUCCGGACGGUGUCCUCUUUCGGGCCAUCACCGUCCGCUCCGAUUCAGACUGGAUUCCUGCGCACCCGGAGGAAUCAUAUGACUUCCAGAGCUUCUUUAGCAACCCGUAUCGCAGCACCCCAUGCAAAGGUCACCAUACAAUUUACAUACAGACCAUUGGAUCCUUUGGUGAGGCUGCCUUGCACACAAACCUUUAUGUGGAAUGGUUGCGGCAGUAUUGUGAGGCAUUUUACUACGGGCUGGUUGUGAAGACACUACCACCUGUCACAGUACAGUCCACGGGAUGUACAUUUAGGGUUAACAGCUGUAGCAACAACCUGCAGCUCUAUGCAGGUGAACAUACAUCUUGACAGUGUCACCUACUUGAAGACACCUACUAUGUGCACUGAUGUUGUGUUUUAUCAGUUCAAGUCUUGUGUUACCAUUCAUCCAUUUUUGCCUUAGUGCUGGGCAUGUCUUAAAUCACAAGCAGAGGGAACCUAGUCACUUUUUUUUUUUUAAGAUCAACAACUCUUUCUGUGUACCAGGUGAUUUGCUGAGGUUUCUGAAGAAGAGGAAACCUAAAGAUGCUUUCUGUAUAGUAGGCAUAACCAUGAUCGAUCUCUACCCUUAAGAGUCCUGGAACUUUGUCUUUGGACAGGCCUCCCUCACCGAAGGUAUGCUAGAGGAAUAGACACAGACAGGUGGUCUUUCUCUAUCCUUCUCUUCUUUAAUUCCAUAAUCCCAUUUAUGAUGGAUUAUUUCUACACUCUAGUUGCCAUUGCAUUCAAAGUAGAGUGAAUGGAGACAAUAAUCUCCAUCAUGUGUGGGGUUGUCAUGGCCCUAUAUUUUAAAUUAGCCUGCCUCUACCCAUCCCACUUAGCUGAGCUGGGGAACACUCUGGCCUUAGCCUCUGGCUAACCAUGUGUAUGAUGCCCCAGAAUAGAUUAAUAAAUAAAUUGAUGCUAUAUAGGCCACAAUUGAGGAUUUUGCAUCUUGCUACAGGAAUGGGAGUUUUCAGUUUUGCCAGAUAUGACGAUAACUUCUAUCAGCGUAAUUAUGCCGGGCAACUUAAGAAAGGCAGCAAACCAAAGCCGGGAGACUACAGUGUUUUCAACAAUUACUAUAUUCCACCCAUCACCAGCACCCUGCUCCUUAGGUCCUGUAAGGUUGUGAGCCAUGAGGUCGGGCACAUGUUUGGCCUGCAGCAUUGCCAAUGGCUCCAGUGUGUCAUGCAGGGCUCCAACCACUUGGAGGAGUCAGAUCGCGGGCCUCUCAGCCUCUGCCCCAUCUGUCUGCGCAAGCUCCAGUCUAGCAUCGGCUUUAAAAUAGCCGACAGGUACAAGGCCCUGCUACAGUGGGUUCAUGAUGAUGGAGGCAGUGCUGGUGUGCAUGCGGUCAAGCCAACAGAGGCCUUCCAGGAGUACGGGCAGUGGCUUCAGAGGUGUCUGGCCAUGAUGGAAUAGUAAACCGAAUAUGUACAGUAGGGGACUGCUUCCUGUCUGGUUAGUGUGCUGAAUAAGGUCCUCGAAAACUUUGCUCAAAUGUGAACGUAGCAUGUAUGACAAGCCCUUACUUUGUUAUGUAUGAAAUGAGAAUGUACAGUAAUUUACAGUUUUGACUAGGUAAGACAAAGAUUUAUCAUAUUAUUUUUUAUUCAUGGAAUAAAAUCUUACAAAAUCA